CCACUUCCACUCACUGCAAUCCGGAGUUGAGCACUGAACACGUACAAGGAAGAAACAGUAGCCGGAGAGCGAGCUCCUUGCUAGCUAGUCCAGUAGUCCCGCGAGGAUUGACAAGAGAAAGAGAGAGUAACGAACAUGGCGCCGGCAUUGUCGUUCCCGGUCAUCGACAUGGGUCUGCUCGGUGGGGAGGAGAGGCCGGCGGCGAUGGAGCUGCUGCGUGACGCAUGCGAGAACUGGGGCUUCUUCGAGAUUCUGAACCAUGGCAUUUCGACGGAGCUGAUGGACGAGGUGGAGAAGCUGACCAAGGACCACUACAAGCGGGUGCGCGAGCAGCGGUUCCUCGAGUUCGCGAGCAAGGCGCUCGAGGACGGCGGCGACGACGCGCGCGGCGUCAAGGCGGAGAACCUGGACUGGGAGAGCACCUUCUUCGUCCGGCACCUCCCGGAGUCCAACCUCGCCGAGCUCCCCGACCUCGACGACGGGUACCGGCGCGUGAUGAAGCGGUUCGCCGGCGAGCUAGAGGCGCUGGCGGAGCGGCUGCUGGACCUGCUGUGCGAGAACCUCGGGCUGGAGAAGGGCUACCUCGCGCGGGCCUUCCGCGGGCCCCGGGGCGUCCCCACCUUCGGCACCAAGGUGAGCAGCUACCCGCCGUGCCCGCGCCCGGACCUCGUGAGCGGCCUGCGCGCGCACACCGACGCCGGCGGCAUCAUCCUGCUGUUCCAGGACGACCGCGUCGGCGGGCUCCAGCUGCUCAAGGACGGCGAGUGGGUGGACGUGCCGCCCAUGCGCCACUCCAUCGUGGUGAACCUGGGCGACCAGCUGGAGGUGAUCACCAACGGCAGGUACAAGAGCGUGAUGCACCGGGUGGUGGCGCAGCCCGACGGGAACCGGAUGUCCAUCGCGUCCUUCUACAACCCGGGCGGCGACGCCGUCAUCUUCCCGGCGGCGGCGCUGGUGAAGGCCGAGGAGGCCGCGGAGGCGUACCCCAAGUUCGUGUUCGAGGACUACAUGAAGCUGUACAUGCGGCACAAGUUCGAGGCCAAGGAGCCACGCUUCGAGGCCUUCAAGUCCAUGGAGACCGAGAGCUCCAACCGCAGCAUCGCCAUCGCGUAAAAGUUGGGCCACGGCCAGGCACCUAGCUCUGGUACUGUUCAAGAUGUAAGCACGCAUGGGCAGCUUUACCUGAAUAAAGUCACGUAGGGUCUCUAGUUUGUACUUAUGUCGUGCUGCUGCUGCACGAUCUACCAUUUAUGUAUGUGUCGACUGCCCCCUCCUGGCGCUGUUAGCCUGCUAGGUAGUCAUGUGUCGUGCAGUCCGUGAUGUAAUAUGUUUGUAUUACCGAGUGAGUAUAGCAUUUCAUGUUUGUGUUCUCCCUCCCGAAA